AUGAAUGUGAGUUCCACAUGCCGGGGCGCUAGUUUGACGUAUGCCAGUCCUCAUUCAGUAAGUGUGAAAGUAGUGACUAACAUUUUUGAGGAGUCUUUCGCCUCUUUCUCCGCUCGGAGGCGGGCCGGCAUGUGCGUGCUCUGGAGGAAGAAGGAGGUGAAAGUUCACAAUGGUACGGACAUAUCAGGUGACAAUGUGGAAAAGUUGCUCUGCUUCUGUAGCCUAAUUUCUGGAAACUUGGACAAUGACAAGCGAAGUCAAUUCAAAGUAUAGCGAGGAAGAGGAUGGCGAAGAUGAGGCGUUGGCGAUGGCUUAUUACGAUGACGAUGAUGACCUCGACACACUGACGGACGGGGAUCUUGACUGUAGCUGCGAAGACGGAGUGCUGGGCUUCAGUGACCCUUUCAGCAGUGAGGUGAAGCCACGGAUCCUGCUGAUGGGCCUGCGCCGUAGUGGAAAGUCCUCCAUCCAGAAGGUGGUGUUUCACAAGAUGUCCCCCAACGAGACCCUCUUCCUGGAGAGCACCAACAAGAUCUGCCGCGAGGACGUCUCCAACAGCUCCUUCGUCAGCUUCCAGAUCUGGGACUUCCCAGGCCAGAUAGACUUCUUUGACCCCACCUUUGAUUAUGAGAUGAUCUUCCGUGGAACAGGAGCACUGAUCUUCGUCAUUGAUUCCCAGGACGACUACGUUGAAGCACUGAGCAGGCUCCAUCUCACAGUAACGAGGGCCUACAAAGUCAACCCCGACAUCAACUUUGAAGUCUUCAUCCACAAAGUGGACGGCCUCUCGGACGACCACAAGAUCGAGAAGCAGAGGGACAUUCACAAGCGGGCCAACGAUGACCUGGCUGAUGCGGCAUUGGAAAGGAUACAUUUGAGUUUCUACCUGACAAGUAUUUAUGACCACUCCAUCUUCGAGGCCUUCAGCAAAGUGGUUCAGAAACUCAUCCCACAGCUGCCCACCCUGGAGAACCUGCUCAACAUAUUCAUCUCUAAUUCUGGCAUCGAAAAGGCGUUCCUCUUUGACGUGGUCAGUAAGAUCUACAUAGCCACAGACAGCAGCCCUGUGGACAUGCAGACGUACGAACUGUGCUGUGAUAUGAUCGAUGUGGUCAUCGACAUCUCCUGCAUUUACGGCCUGACAGGGGACGAUGCGGGGUCACCUUACGACAAGGAGUCCAUGGCCAUCAUCCGCCUCAACAACACAACUGUGAUGUACCUGAAGGAGGUGACCAAGUUCCUGGCCCUGGUCUGCUUCCUGAGGGAGGAGAGCUUUGAGCGGAAAGGACUGAUCGACUACAACUUCCAUUGUUUCCGAAAGGCCAUCCAGGAGGUGUUCGAUGUGCGUGUGAAGGUGCAGAAGUCCCGGAAGCUUCUGAGUCAGAGGAGGUGGAGCAAACAGGCCACGCCCAAUGGGACACAGGGUCUCCCUCACUGACCCCCAGUCAUGGGGUCGGAGAAGCAUGAAGCACAGAGACGAUGAGAAAAUCACCCCAGCCUCAGCUAUUAUGCCGUGCCCCGGGGGAGGGGGGCGGGGGUCAGCUGACACUCUCAGCUCUCUCAGACAAUCACCAAAAACGAUCAUGUUGUGAGUUUGAACGUCCAACGCACAUGUCUUGUCACAGUCAAGUGUUAAUUUUAAAA